CGUACAGACGCAGCGAUAAACCCUUGAAAUUAGGUUGUAACUGGAAAUUGCACGGAUCUCCUGUCAUGGAGUAAACAACAUGGAGUUGGAGAGAUAAAUUGCAGACACAUUUCCGGGUUGGAAAUGCAGUGAAAUUGAUUGGAAUUUCGCUAAAUGGAUCAUUUACCUUCAAUCACAUUGAAGUAAUGAUUGUGAUAAUCAAGAAGAUGGAUUACUUGGCGGUCUUGGUGACUGUAAUUGCGUCUGUGACGAGUUCUUUAGCGAGAUCUUUUCCGAAUUCGGACCACCAAGAUCAACAUGAAUAUUUCUCAGAUUCAUCAAAGGGUACAGAAUUCAGUCAUCUGGGGCCCCCGGCAACCAUCUUCAUUAUUUUUGCAUCAGGUUUGUGUCUUCUGAUGGUGCUAGCGCUCUGUGCUUGCGGAGAAAAAACCAAAGAUGAGAAAGCUCCAGCCAAAGCCAAAGCCAAAGACACACUGAAGGAAAAUGGCGGCGAGACUGUGUCUCCACAAACCACUGAGGAGGUCAAGGAGAGCGCCCCCAACGGUGACCCCCAUGCCAGCCUCACCCAGUCCAUGAGCAUGAGCAUCAAACAAUCGCCUCCAUCCCCCAACGGUGGUGCAGCCUCCUCCCCCACCGCCGAACCCUCCUCCCCGAACAACAUGAAGCGCGCUUCCACCAUCGACCGACGCCUCCCCGAGCUACCCCCCAUGCACUCCAAGGUACCCGGCAUCCCGGAGAAUGAGGAGAACGACUACAACGGGACGUACGAUACCAUCAAGGAUGACAAGAAGAAGAAUGCGGGUUCGGCGAGAGGGAGUCGCAAGUUGCCCUCGACAACGGAGGAUGACCCCGCCUAUAACAGCGUGGAGGACACCAUGGGCGGGGCUAGUGUUACCAGGAAAGACGGAGGGGUGGUAGUGGGGGCGAUAGGGGCUGGGGGAGCCUUGGAAGAGGACUGUGGCGACUAUGCCAGCGUGAAAGAAACUGGCAGAAACUCUACUAGUAUGGAGAAAGCGGCCGCUCCUCCAGAAGGGGCAGAGGGCGGGGUCGAUGAAUCAGACUACGAUGGAUCCUACGCCAAGGUGAAAGACGUCCAGGGGGGCAACAACCAUCCCUACGCGACCGUUCAAGAUAAAAAGGAGAGGGAGCAUGGGUAUGCCUCUGUGAAAGAUGUCCAUGUGAAACCCAAUACCAAAUCAGAUGGUGCUGUAGGGGGCAUGGCAGGGGGCGUGGCAGGGGGCGCGGAUCCUGACGACGAGGAGGUGCCACCGGUACCCCAUAAACCACAUGAUCUAGAGUCACCAGAGAACCCUUCAUCACCAGUAUCACAAAGGGCGGGGACCGUAUCCUCUCCCAGCAGUCCCACCGCAGGGAGGGGAGAAGGAGGAGGAACUCCUAACCCAGGAGGUGGUCCUGGUGGUCCAGGUGGACCAGAUGGAGAUGGACCUGGACCCUCUGGCUCUGGCUCUGGUCCUGAUAGUAGUUCUCCCGGUGCUGCUGGACCCGGUCAGAGAGAGCCCCCUUAUACUCAAGUGAGCGCAAGGGAGAGCCUGGAGAGCAUCCGGGCAAGGCAGCAGCACGACCACACUGAACUCACAGAGGAGGCCCUACGAGCUGCAGGGGGUAAGGGCGCAGCUGCCCCGCCCGGUGAUGCAGGGGAGCAGGACUUUGAUGGUAUCUAUGAACAGGUGGAUGAUAAUAGCGUGAGGGGGCAGAACAGCACCUCACCUCCACCCCUCCCAAGAGGAAGACAGACCUUCCCUGGCAUGGGCAGGGGGCGUGUCUAUGAAGAGAUCACCGAGGACAACAGGCCCCGCCCACCUGGUGCUUCCAAUUACGAUGAUGACCCCGAGCCGUACGCAGUCGUUGAGAAAACACAAACCAAGAAGCGCCCUCUGGAGGCCAGCUCAAACAGCAAUGGCAAUCACGAGGAUGCAAAGGACGAGGAAAAAGACUUUGCUCAGCUGUACGCCAAAGUGGACAAGACGUCCAACAAACAAGGGAAGCCCGAGCAACACCACGUGAAUAAUAACAAUCACAAGAGAACGAACAGUGAUGCGGCAGAUGAUGAUGACUUUGGCGCCCUCUACGCGACGGUGGAUAAAGGUCGUAAGACGAUCACUGUGAUGCAGCCGCACAGAUCGCCAAACCAGGGCGUCGCCGGUGUAUCAAGGAACAUUUCAGGUGGCGCUUCACCCCUCGCGAACAAUUACAUUUACGCCGAUGUGGACGAUGCGCCUCUGCCCGGAGGUGACGUCAGGAAUUAUGUGAACGACUCUUUAAUCCCGGAGAACAAUUAUCAGUCGAUUGACGAAGACCCCCCGCCCCCGAGCAGGUCGCCCGUUGAUGACAGCAUGGUGCAUAUCAGUGAACACAGACCGAACCCUGAACUCUGGGUCAGGAGGGAGCACACCUACCAGGCCGUGGAGGAGAACAAACGGAAGAAGAAGUCGUCGCGACACCGAAAGAGCAAGGAGGAGGAGGAGGAGGCGAUGGAUCGGAGAAACGAAAGAUGGCAGCAUCAUCAGCAGCAGCAUAGCUACGAGGUGGUCAAACCAGUGGAUAGGAGCGGUGCUACGGGCGAGGACUUGUCGAACAAAGGGGACUUGUCGCGGAAGAAAGCAAAGCCAGUGCCCCCGAUAAGGCGCCUUUCCAAAGAAGAAAGAGUGAUGCCGAAUCUGGUGACGGUGAAAGCGAAAAAUGCAAAUAACAAUCACAUGAUCGAGAGUCUACCGGUGAAAGAAACAAGAAUAUAAGCAUCAUGUGAGGAGGGAUAGAAAACUUCCAUCCUUCAGCCUCAUCCUCACGUUAUAUGAUGAACCUAAAGAAUCAGCUGUAGCAAAAUAAAACCAACUCACAUUUAAAUGAAUGGCAAAUUGGGAUGCAGAGAAAUUCUUCUUCUUCUCAAGUCUUUUUUAUAUUCUAACUCAGAACCUAAAUAUAAGUUAAUACCUGAAAAAAAAUCUCACUUUAAUUUUCAAUCUCGAGAUGGAAAAAGAAGU